AUGUCCUCGACCACUGAUCCUGUCAUGCUCAACGUCUUUAUGUCGCCGCCAUAUUCGCCGUCAUCACCCGACUUCUCUCCAAUGAACACCACCUCCACAAUGGCGCCUGGUAUGCUGGACCGACAUUUCCCGAUGACGCCGUUCCCGUGUUUCAACUCGUCGAUGCCUUCUGAAUGUAAAGACUCGGACCAACUGUCACAAGAAAUAGACACAUAUGAUUUCGCCUGUUAUCUUGAGCUCGUUUCGCCCCUGGCAAUGUUCUUGCAUGGCGAUUCCCAAAAGUGCGAGAUGUCAGAGUGGGAGCCAUCCCCGGACGCUAGCUACAUAGCCGUCGGCGGGACAUCAGGACCCGAAAACGCACCAGUGACCACAGAACUCAGUAUUCUUACGAACCCUGACGGAAGUAUCGACCGAAAGGUUGUAGAGGACAGUACUCAGCAAGACCCGUCGACGGUACAUCAGAACGAUCCGAGGGCCGCGGCAGGCGAGCACUGUCGAUCAAAGCAAGAGCCAACAUCGGAGAAGGGUGCCACUUUUCACAAUCAGUUGGAAGUCUCGAAAUUCUCGGACACCAGAUACACAUGCGAGUACCCGAACUGCGACAAGAAAAGCUAUAAAAGACGAGAGCACUUGAAGAGACAUCUCAACCAGCAAGUAUCCGUAGAAAUGACUCCGGGACGACCAGAACUGACAUGA